AUGGCGAAAACACCGAACGUUCUCUGGGCGCAGCGGCCUCACUGCGUCUACCUCACGAUAGACGUGCAGGAUGUGAAGGAGCCCAAGCUGGAGAUCACCAGCGAGGACGACGGCAAGCAGUCACGGCUCACGUUCUCUGGCACCGCGUCCGAUUCCGGCACCGAAUACUCCCUGGACCUCCAACUUUUUGCUGGCGUGGAUAAGGAGCAGUCCAAGUUCAACACUCUGCCGCGCCACAUAUUCCUUGUGCUAGAGAAGAACGAGGAGGGCAGCUGGCCGAGGCUGACUAAGGAGUCGUCCAAGGGGGACAAGCACAUCAAGGUCGACUGGGACAAGUGGGUCGACUCGGACGACGAUGCGGCGGACGACAUAGACAUGAGCGGCAUGAGCGGCAUGGGCGGCAUGGGCGGCGGCAUGGGCGGGCCCCCAGGCGGCAUGGACUUUGCGUCUAUGCUCGGCGGCAUGGGCGGCGGCGGGCUUGGGGGGGGCGGCAUGGGCGGCAUGGGCGGCCUGCCGCCGGGGAUGGAUAUGGAGAAGCUCAUGGCCAGCAUGGGCGGCGCCGCGGGGGGGCCCGGCGGCGAGGGGGACAGCGACGAGGACGACGAUGACGACGACCUGCCGCCGCUCGAGGCCGCCGAGCCGCAGCCGGCCGCAGCUGAGGAGAAGUGA